AUGGAACAAGCGAACAACGUCGAAUCCAAGGCUUCUUUUCUCAUCCAAGCAGUUGCGUUGAGAGAUAAAGUACUCCCCGAACUGCACACGAAUUCGUGUGGGAAUUUUUUUGCGAUAGCGCCUUCACGACUCAGGCCCGGUGAAGGGGAAAACAUCACUUAUCGGGACUUUUUCAUGAUUUUGCGUGACUCGGUUAGUAAAACAGUUCAAGAUUGUACUAAAAUGCUUACACAAGGCAAUGAAGAAUAUGAAGUUGUAAUUGAUCCGUAUCUUGAAACGAAUUGGAACACGUCUCCUGAUAAUGUUGUGAACAUGGGCUUAUAUAUCUUCAGUUCUUGGUGCAAAUUUUCAUAUUACCAAGCUGAUUUUGGUUGUGGUAAACCGGUUUGGGCAAGUCCCGGAAAGCUUCCAACCCAAAAUUUCGUGAUCUUGAUGGAUGAUAAUGAGGGUGAUGGUGUCGAGGCAUGGGUUCAUUGA